CAGAAGCAGAGGGGAGACCUGAUGGAAGCUGAUAGAAGUAUUGAUGAAUUAAACAGAUGGUCUCCUAAUCUUACAGUCAAAACAUCUAAUGCUAGAGGGCAUGCAUUUAAGACAGGAGGGGUUACUAUUGGGAUGAAGAGGAGAUCUAUGGAGGGUGCAGGAAAAAACUUUGCAUUAAGCGAUUUCUAGUUAGGCUCCACCUAUGCAAGUUGCGGUUGAGCUGAACUACUACGUGUAUUCAAGACCUGGACUGUGCUCUAAGGACAGAUUGUAAACUCAGCAAAUCACUGGAAUAGCGAUGAUACCAAGGCUGGAAUUAGUACUAUGGGAAGUUUAGUUAUCUCUCUCUCUCUUUCUUGCUGUCUCGCUUUUGCUUUUUUUUAAAACUAUGACUAAUAUCCGUGAUGAAAGGUCAAGCAGGUUGUCAUGACAACCCCCACCUCUUUUGAGGGGGAUCACUCGGCUCCUAAAUUCUUUGUUUCUUCCGACGAGGAUGAAAUUGACAAUCUGGAAUCAAACAUGAAGGCAGAAGACCUUGACCUUUACGAUGAUGAAAAUGAUUCAGACUCGCCUCCGGAGCGACAAAUCCUGGUGGGGAUUUGUGCAAUGGCGAAGAAAUCAAAGUCAAAACCGAUGACUCAGAUCCUAGAACGUCUGUGUAAAUUUGAGUACAUCAGUGUUGUGAUUAUUAAUGAGGAUGUCAUUCUGAAUGAAUCCGUGGAGAACUGGCCAGUUUGUGACUGUUUGAUCUCUUUCCACUCUAAAGGUUUUCCACUGGAUAAGGCAGUGGCUUAUGCAAAACUCAGGAAUCCAGUUCUCAUUAAUGACUUGAAUAUGCAGUAUUAUAUACAAGACAGGAGAGAAGUCUAUCGAAUUUUGCAGGAAGAGGGGAUAGAUCUUCCUCGUUAUGCUGUGUUAAAUCGUGAUCCAGACCGACCUGAUGAGUGUAACUUGGUGGAAGGUGAUGAUCACGUAGAAGUGAACGGAGAAAUCUUCCAGAAGCCCUUUGUUGAGAAACCUGUGAGUGCUGAAGACCAUAAUGUGUACAUUUACUACCCUGUGUCGGCUGGCGGAGGGAGCCAGAGGCUUUUCCGUAAGAUUGGGAGUCGGAGCAGUGUGUAUUCUCCUGAAAGUACAGUGCGUAAAACUGGUUCAUACAUCUAUGAAGAAUUCAUGCCAACAGAUGGGACAGACGUAAAGGUAUACACAGUUGGUCCUGACUAUGCUCAUGCCGAGGCUCGCAAAUCUCCAGCCCUGGAUGGGAAAGUGGAACGGGACAGUGAAGGAAAAGAGAUUCGUUAUCCUGUGAUGUUGACAGCUAUGGAAAAGCUAGUCGCCAGGAAAGUGUGUGUAGCUUUUAAGCAAACAGUCUGUGGUUUUGACCUGCUGCGUGCCAAUGGACAUUCCUAUGUUUGUGAUGUCAAUGGAUUCAGCUUUGUGAAAAAUUCCAUGAAAUAUUAUGACGACUGUGCAAAAAUACUCGGUAAUAUAAUCAUGCGGGAGCUCGCCCCACAACUGCAGAUACCGUGGUCCAUACCCACAGAGGCUGAAGAUAUCCCCAUUGUCCCAACUACCUCGGGCACCAUGAUGGAGCUGCGAUGUGUAAUAGCUGUUAUUCGCCAUGGUGACCGAACUCCCAAGCAGAAGAUGAAGAUGGAAGUCAUGCACCCAAGAUUCUUUGACUUGUUUGAGAAAUAUGAUGGAUAUAAGACAGGAAAGCUGAAACUCAAGAAACCAAAACAGCUUCAGGAAGUUCUAGACAUUAGUCGUGAGCUGUUGGGUGAACUGGGGCAGCAUAAUGACUGUGAAAUUGAAGAGAAGAAAUCCAAGCUGGAACAGCUGAAGACUGUGCUGGAAAUGUAUGGCCAUUUCUCUGGUAUAAACAGGAAAGUACAAAUGACCUAUUUGCCACAUGGACAACCCAAAACGUCCAGUGAAGAAGAAGAUUCAAGAAGGGAGGAUCCAUCCUUGCUUCUAGUGCUGAAAUGGGGAGGAGAGCUGACUCCAGCAGGGAGAGUACAAGCUGAAGAGCUUGGAAGAGCGUUUAGGUGCAUGUACCCUGGAGGACAAGAUGAUAGCAGCAAAGGUUUGAGCUGUGAUUCUCCCAUUGACUGUGGGGAUUAUGCUGGCUUUCCUGGUUGUGGAUUGCUCCGUCUGCAUAGCACCUACAGACAUGACCUGAAGAUAUAUGCCUCUGACGAGGGCAGAGUGCAGAUGACUGCAGCAGCUUUUGCUAAGGGACUGCUGGCACUGGAAGGAGAGUUGACUCCAAUUCUGGUGCAGAUGGUGAAAAGCGCCAACAUGAAUGGUCUUCUGGACAGCAACAGCAACUCUCUGAGUAGCUGUCAACAACGUGUCAAAGCACGGCUCCAUGAGAUCAUGCAGAAGGACCAGAUGUUCACAGAGGAGGACUACAAGAAGCUGGCUCCCACUGGCAGUGCUUCUCUCAAUAACUCCAUGAAAUUAAUUCAAAACCCUGUCACCACUUGUGAUCGAGUUUACUCCUUGGUUCAGAGCUUGACCUCACAGAUUAAGAAGCGGUUAGAAGACCCCAAGUCAGCAGACCUUCAGCUGUACCACAGUGAGACCCUGGAGCUAAUGUUGCAACGCUGGUUAAAACUGGAGAAAGAUUUCAGGAUGAAGAGCGGCCGCUAUGACAUCAGUAAAAUCCCAGAUAUCUAUGAUUGCAUCAAAUAUGAUGUGCAACACAACAGCGCUUUAAAGCUUGAGGACACCUUGGAACUCUUCAAGCUCUCCAAGGCCCUUGCAGAUAUCAUUAUCCCUCAGGAAUAUGGCAUCAAUAAGGAAGAGAAGCUCGAUAUUGCCUAUGGAUACUGCCUUCCACUGAUCAAGAAGAUGCAGUUGGAUUUACAAAGGACACAUGAAGAUGAAUCUGUCAAUAAACUGCACCCACUCUAUUCCAGGGGGGUGAUGUCUCCUGGACGCCACGUUCGAACUCGGUUAUACUUUACGAGCGAGAGCCAUGUUCACUCUUUGCUGAGCUUAUUUCGUUACGGGGGUCUCUUGGGGGAGCUAAAGGACCAGCAGUGGAAGAGGGCCAUGGACUAUCUUGGGGCAGUCUCAGAACUGAAUUACAUGACUCAGAUUGUUAUCAUGCUUUACGAGGAUAACAAUAAGGACCCUUCGUCUGAAGAGCGAUUUCACGUAGAGCUUCAUUUUAGUCCAGGGGCUAAAGGCUGUGAUGAAGAUGAAAAUGCCCCUACGGGGUCUGGCUUUCGUCCUGCAUCGGCUGAGAAUGACGGUGGCUCCAAAACUGAUCAGGGCAGCAUGGAGGAUCUCUCAGAGAAUCGAGGGAAUGAUGACGUGGAUGGAUUUCUUCCAGCCUUGCCUCAGCCAGCUGAGCCCUUUUAUGCCCAAAGGAAGUCUGCCCUGACCAAGGCUCGGAAAAUGGGCUCCAUGGAGGUACUGUCGGAAAGUUCCACCAAGUACACUGGAUACCGGCUCUUGGUCCCACCAUAUUCCAGGCAGAUAUCUGAUGUGAAACAGAGCGGACUGGGUUCCCAGUGUGCUGGUUUAUUCAGUACUACAGUACUUGGUGGCUCCUCUAGUGCCCCUAAUCUCCAAGACUACGCCCGCUCGCACCGCAGAAAAAGUGGCUCCAGUUACUUUUCUCUGAAGGAUGAAAUGUUAUCUAUGCCAGCCGUUAAAAGAUUUUCUGUCUCGUUUGCAAAGCAUCCGACUAAUGGUUUUGAAGGCUGCUCUAUGGUUCCUUCAAUUUACCCUCUUGAAACGCUCCACAAUUCCCUCUCCUUGAAGCAAGUGAAUGAAUUCCUUACCUCUAUCUCUGAAAUUUGCAGAGAAUCUCGUGAGAGAGCAUCUAAAGAGUUUUCAGCGAUGUUUGAGACCAUGGGAAGUAACCAGGCCACCGUGGAUGCAUACAUCCCACAACAGGUCCUGCCCUCCUCAGUUGCCUCCCUCUCAAUACGUUCUCGCUCAGAGAAACCUCCGUGGUAUAGCAGCGGUCCUUCAAGCACUGUGUCAAGUGCUGGGCCAUCUUCACCCAAUACCUCGGACAACUCGCCCCGCUUCAGCUUCAGUGAGAAGUCGUCGCUCACGCCACAGAGCAGCGAAGAGCAGCAGCAGCCUGCCCACAUGCCAACUCUGAGCCAGCCUGCCGGGCACAGUCACAAGGAUCCACAACCGAGCAGUCAGGCACAAGUGGCUCAAAGUCAGCAACUGUACCAGAAUCACAGCGGUCCCCAGGCAUCGAGCAGUCUGACUGGGCAGGGACAGCAGGCAGCAGAAGAUCUGGUCGAAACCUAACAAUCAAAACACCACAGGCCAUGAAGCCCACUCCUGAACUUUGCUUACUAAAUAGACUGAUGCUGUACAGUUUAUACCUCCAGGGCAUAGGCCUGGGGUCAGUCCAGUAAGUUAUUGCAGCAAUCUAGGAGCCAUACAUCUGAUAUUCGUACUGGUGGUCUGGUAUCACCUUGCAAAACUGACCCCCCCCCCCCACCUGCAAAGUGAUUGGUCAAGUUGGGUAUCGGUACCUCCCACGUAAUGUAUUUGUAUACUGUACACACCUUACUCCUAUUACUGUACAGAAAACCAGCUAUUUCUUUUUCCAUGCAGUUUGUAAAUUUUACAAGGUUAUUUAAUGAUGGUCUUUUGUAAAUACGGAAAUAUAAUUCUCAUGGACAUGGCUGGGAUUUCAGAUUCCAAUCUCCUGUUCUUCCCUAUAUCUUCACAACAUUAUCAUUGCUCCCAGUGAAACAGAGAGGGAAUAUGAUCUUUAGUAUUUGAGUUCCUAUUCAGGUGAGAUAUAAAGAAGUAACUGUCUUCAAUGUCCCAUGAGCUGUUGAGCGGAGCGAUUCUGAGUUUUGUCUCACUCCUGCUAGAUAGAAUGACCUUGGCCAGGCAGACGUUGAGAGAAUCUCUUAUUCACGUGUAGCAUGGAAGCAUCAUUGGUGAAGCAACAUUCAAGAUGAUGUGGUCAAGGAGGAGUCAUUUCAGGAGUUGGUGUAACCUUCAUCCCUGAUUGUAGAAGUUCAGCUUCGGUGGUCAUAAGCUGGGGAAGCAGAGUAUUAAGCCAAAGAUUCCUUGAAUGCUGAAAAUGGUCCAUCUAUUUGGUAAGGAUCAGAAAAACUUAGCUUCCAAGUUUGAUUAAUCUGCUUUCUCACAGACUAUCCUCUUGGAAGUCUCCUGGUGAGAAGAGUUGUGUUGGGAAACACAAGUCCCACACAAUGUACCCCAGCUAACUAGUAAGAAAAUAGAAAAUACAGUCAACUUGUUUUUUUUAAUGAAAACUGGUAUCAGCAACUCAUGAGGCACUGGCUUUACAGUUUCAGGAGUAGAGCUGCAUCUCCGAAUAAUAAGAAAAGUCAAUUUUCCUUGUAAACUUAAAUAUCUUAAUGGAUGAGCUGUGUGUUUUCUUUGAGAGGCAUGUCCAUGUUUAUAAGUGCCUCAUGUCAAUUCAUCUGUGGUUCAAUUUCGACUCAGCUGGUAGCAACCUUCCUUCUGCACCACAAGUUGUCAGUUCAACUCCCACUCUGAGAUUUGAGAGUAAGGGUUUCGGCAGACACUUCCAGUGCAGGUCUGCACUCUCACAGGUAAAUGGAGAUACAACGUCAGAUUGAACUCUCUGCCUUCUCAGAGGGACAUAAAGGACCAGUGAUGCUCUUCAGCUCAAAAACUGUACCUGGGCUGCCAGUAUCAAUGAAAUAUUAUCUGGCUAUUAUCAUGUUGAUAUUGUACACAAUAAUCUGCCAGAUUUUCACUAAAGCACACCAUCCUGAGGCUGUGGAAUACAGUAAAUCCAUGAUUCUUUUUAUCUGGUGAGAAAAAUUGGGCUGGGUGGCACCUUCUGAUCAUGCUGUGUGUGCACCAAGACCAGGUAAUGUUCUUUCCCAAUUAAAUGUUCUAAAGUUCCCUAGAUUCCUAUGUAAAGAACAGUAGAAGCAACAACAGACAGUGUCUCCCAUGGAUCCAUGAUCCCAGCAUGAGUCAAAGCUUGCACAGUUAUUACUGUAUAAUUACGACAGAUCUCAGCAUUAACAGCUUUGAGAAUCAAUCACUCCAGGGUCAGGAUAUCACAGUGUAUAACAAUUGGAAUUGAUUGGUUUGAAGCUGAUUUUUGUGUUCUUUUGACUAUACCUUUCUAUGUGUUAAAGUUUAGCAAUAGUUGUGCCAGGAAAUGAAUAACUGUCUUAUGAUGAUGUGAUGUGUCUACUGAGUGAUAGGUUGGUUGUGUGUUGAAAGUCUUCUAGGAGCACAGAAUCAGUUCAUAGAUUUAGGUUGAUGUUCCUGAAAACACUAAAUGACUAGUUUUAUUUUUUUUCUUCAUUUUACAUUUAGGAAUCUGGUUCAUUCUGCAGUACUCAUAGUAUAUUGUUUCUGCCCAGAGUUCAAAUCCUUUCAUGGCUGUGGAAAAGUUUUAAAACUGAAUUUGAUAAAUCUGUGGGCUGGCAUCAGAAAGAGUUUGGAAAACUUUAAUAUCCUUCAGUGAGGGAAUGUGGCAUGUAUAUUCCUGUACAAAAUUUGCAGACCUUUGAUUGAAUACACAAGAUAUCAAGCUUCUUAUACCAUAAAACUAAAUAACCUUCAGAACACCAUGGUCAGGCUUCAAAUGGCGUGUCCAGUCUUAUUCUGACCAUCUGCAAUGGGAGUGCAUUAAGCAGGUUUACUUCUGGUUUGGACUCUGAAUCGCAGUUCAGAUGGACACAGGACAGAACCUUCCAUUGUCCCCUGUUCUUCACUGGCACAGUGUUACCAAUGCAUUACCACAGAGCAGAUCAAUGAAUUUUACUUUUUUCACUAACGUCCUCAUGGCUGUAGGUUCGCACACAGGGAAUCUGACACUGCCAGCUCUAUAGUCUCGGUGUUCUGCUUUUAAGAACCAAGACUCUUAAACACGUCUAAAGUUAAAGAUUGGAAUUCUUAGAGGAAAGAUGUUUAUGCAGUUGUUUAAGGUAUGAUUUUGUAUCUUGGUAUAUUUCAUACAAAUUUGGAUUAGGUUAGUGGGGAGGAAGGAAUUAUACUUUACACUCCUAAGCUAGUGUAAAUUUUCCUCAAUAUUAUUCUCAUGAAUAGCACAUUGAUACCAAGAAGAACGUGUCUGAUUGUGAAUUGCUCCUCCCUUGUAUGAUCCUGCAAUACCCACUGUCUAGGUUAAACAUAGACUUAGAGUUUCUGGGAAUUACAGGCUCCUUAACGGGGGAACUGGGAUUAUUUCAAACAACAGUCUAUUUUAACAUUGCCUACCAUGGAAGUAGUAAUUCAAAAGGCAAUCAAGGACUGUUGAGCCCAGUCUGAGAAACUUGAAUGGGUGUAUAACAUUUUAGUACUUGGCAUGGGUGGAGCCACUUAUGCUCUUUCACUAACACCCUUUUGUUGUUUCCAGAUGGUGUGCUGGACAGCUGGAAAAUUUAAGCUUACCGGUAAAAUAAGUGGAGAGGUAGCUGUUGCAGGAACAGGGAGCUGAACUUAGAGGUUGUAUGUGAGUACACUUGGGGUAGAUCUCAAGGUUAAAGAGUUUGAGACAUGUAGAUGUUUCCCGCACCUUAAUUAGUACAAAUUUUUCAUUUAUUUUCAUUGAAUAUUAAAGAUUGGCAAUAUGUUUGUUUAAUCCUUGUAAGUUUCAGUUAAGUACAGAAAAAGAUGGGGGCUGAAGACCCUCCUACUGAUGGAGGUAGAGGAGAGAGAAGGGAGAUCAGUUAAAAUUUGAUGUGAGACAUUCACUGUAGAAGCAUGGACUGGAGAGGAGAUGUCACAUGAAGCUAAUGCUGUGGCAGUCCACCAUCCUAAAGCACACAAACAGGAGGUAGCAUUGUAACUAAACGUUAGAACUCUAACUCUGAUUCACACUCUCACCUCAUAGCCAGUGCACUGGGAAUUCAGUUAGAGGAGCCUGAGUGACUGGUUACCUGCCUAAAAACUGCUUUAAAAAAUACAAGUUCUGCUCUAAUCUGUUGCAUCACUUUUUCAGAGGACUUUUAACAGUUCCCACAAGCAAUACCAGCUGGUGCCUUUAAAUAGAUUAAAAAACGAUAUUAAGAAAAGCUUCGCUCUACUUUAAAAUGACUCAGUAGCACUGGCUAUGAUUUUGAUGAAAGGAACUGAGAGAUCAGUUUUAGAUAUGAGCCUGCAGUAUAGGUUUGUGCAAAGUUUCAAACUUUAAUUUUUCUUGCAAAACAAAUCCCAAAUAUGAUAAAAUACGGAACUCAAUGUGAGUCUUAUAACCUGGUCAUUAGGUAAAACCUUGUUCCAUGUAUUUUGUGUGUAGUCAUUUUUUGUUAAUUGUCAUGUGAAACACUCUGGGACAUUUAACUGUAUUAUGGUGCGGUUAUUGCUCAUUAAGUUAAAUAUUUCUCCCUCAGCUAUUUCCAUGUUCCAGUAGCUGACUGCACAAGGAGAUGUCUCCCAACUCCUUGUCACUCCCUUUCAUAAAUUAAAAUAAUUGACAAAUUAUAUUUUUAAAUCCCUGCUAUUUAGAUUACCCUUUAGCUGCUUGUGGUAGUGCCAUCACAUAAAUAACCAGGCAUGAUAUCAGAAAGCUAGAAUUCAGAAGAGAUUCCUACACAGAUUUCUACAUCACACUGCUCUGUUACCUUCUCUGGAGUAGAGCUACAACUGGUAUGUCUGCAGGGGAAAUUGGUGAUGACUUCUAAUGUGACAAAUCUGCCAUUCUGAUAGAGACUGAGAAAAGAGCAGCUAUGAAGAAUUCUCAGUGCAUCCAAGGCCUUGUUAAUGGGUAUGAAUGGGUGUGCUGAAGUGGUUCAUAGUACUAGGGACAUGGUGUAUUUAAAUUAUUAAUCAGUAUUUUUGAAGGGGCUCUGCCAAAUAAAGCUGGGGGACUGUAGCUGAAAUAUGGUCCUCACUUGUGUAGAAACCAUAUAGAGGUGACCACUGAAACUAACAUAGAGUACUGCAGCAAGAUACAUAGCACAGGAGGAACUCAGCGGAUCAGGCAGCAUCCGUGGAGAGAAAUGGACAGUUGGCAUUUUGAGUUAAUACCCUUCAUGCUGGCUGACUUGCUUAGUUCCUCCAGCUUUUUGUGUGUGGCUCCAGGUUCUAGCAUCGGCAGUUUCUUUAGUGUCUCUCCAAAGUACUGUGGGUCUGGGAAACUGAACUGUUUUUAAACCAUUGAACAAUUCAACUUGGAAAUACCAUUCAAAUAGCAGAACCAUUUUAAAAACAAAAUGCUUUUGAUCACUGAAAAUGAUGAAAAAUCAUUGAGCUACAAAAGCCUUUUUUUGAUUAAAUUCAAUCUCACUUAAAGGACUUGCACCACAUAUGAUCUCUAUCCCUUCUGUUUCCCAAGGGGGUAUCCAGUCCCCAGCGUCCAUUCAUCCUGAUUGUUUUGCCGGUAACAUUCUUUAUGCAAAGUGCUUUGUGUGAUCUCUGUUUUUCUCUCUCUCCGACAUUUCUAUGGCUCCUUUUGAUCUGGUGCUUAAUCCCUGCCCAUCAGAUUGCUGCUGUUUGUUGCUUCAUAGUUGAUCCUGCAAUAGUGAAAGUUAUAAAUGAGUUUCCUUAAGCUGAUUUGAUGCACUCUCCCAGUAAUUAACAGUGAGUUAUUGAGUUGUACUUAUCACAUGUGAUGUUUGUACAAGAAAUUGCAUUGCUUAAUCAGUUCUUUACUUGCAUAAUAUCUUUGCACUUUUUGUAUAUUUUCUAAGGAAAAUGUCAGAACAAUAUAUUUGAUAGAUUGACCACUGUGCGUUAUUUAUAUUACUGAAUCGAAAGUUUUCAGCAUGGUUUGGAAACUGGGUGUCAGAACAAGGAACAACAUCACAAAGUGAUGAGCAAUGAAGCUCACUCAGGUGUCAGUAGGCAUUAGGGUUUCUGUAGGUUGAGUCUGCAUCUCCUCUUGUAUCUGAACAAAGGUUAUUGGAUAGUGAGCCUCCUUAUGAUGCUUAUACAAGAUAUUAGUGGAAGCUUUUUGGUAAUUGCAUUUGGCAGAUGAAAUUAGCAGACCUUAUCAGAUCAACAGGGAGUAAUGGGAUUGCCCUAUUGUAGAUUAAACGAUCUUUGUAUUUUGUCCAGAAUUGCUUUCUUGCUAUUUUCAACUUGGAUAUAGUUGUUUUUUUUUCCCCUCUGUUGAAAUACUUAGGUCAUUUUCCAGAUCCUGAACUUUAUUUGUGAGGUGAGGAGUUUAUCAUUCACAUCAGUUUUGUGGAAAUCUU